UCUAACACCAUGGCAGUGGAUGUAACUUUUCUGGGCACGGGUGCUGCCUAUCCUUCUCCGAGUCGAGGGGCCUCAGCGACGGUGGUCCGCUUCGAGGGAGACUGCUGGCUGUUUGACUGCGGCGAAGGAACCCAAACUCAGUUCAUGAAAAGUCCUCUGAAAGCAGGUAGAAUUACAAAGAUCUUCAUUACUCAUCUUCAUGGAGACCAUGUCUUCGGCCUUCCUGGACUUCUCUGUACUAUCAGCCUCCAGAGUAGUUCCACCACAAACAAGCAACCUGUUGAGAUUUAUGGACCUCUGGGACUAAGGAGUUUCCUCCGGAGAAUUAUGGACCUCUCCCACUCACAACUCGUCUUCCCUUACGUCGUUCAUGAACUGGUGCCUACACUAGAUCAGUGCCCCAUGGAAGAGCUCAAAGAGGUGCCUUUUGUGGACAGAGACGGUGCCUCAUUGGAAGAAGCACAAGGGAACACUAUUUAUUUGGAUCCAGUAGAAGACUCGUACCUGUUGGUGGACAACGAACAGUUUGUGAUGAAAGCAUUUAGGCUCUUUCACCGAAUACCUUCCUUUGGUUUUGUCGUCGAGGAGAAGCUGCGGCCCGGAAAACUCAAUGUGCAGAAGCUGAAGGAGCUAGGAGUUCAGCCGGGCCCCUUGUAUGGUAAACUGAAGGAUGGUGUUACUAUUGUCCUGGAAAAUGGGACAUCUGUAUCUCCCUCAGAUGUCUUAGAAGAACCUUUUCCAGGAAGAAAAAUUUGUAUCUUAGGAGAUUGUUCCAGUAUUGUUGGAGAUGGAGCGGUGAGGCUUUGUUACGAAGCAGAUCUGUUGGUUCACGAAGCCACGCUGGAUGACACCCAAGUGGCCAAGGCCUACGAGCAUGGCCACAGUACUCCCAAAAUGGCGGCCGAGUUUGCAAAGCUGUGCAAAGUGAAGAAACUGGUUCUGUCUCACUUCAGCCAGAGGUAUAAGCCAGCCAGUCAGGUUGGUGAAGGUGAUAUGGAUGUUACGGAAUUGAAGAGACAAGCAGAGCUGGUGUUGGAUGGACAAGAAGUGGUAUUAGCAGAAGAUUUCAUGACCAUUGGUAUUCCAAUGAAAAACAAACAUUGUGCUACCUGACUAUGGAAGGGAGAAAUU